GACGCGCACACGGUGACGUCGCUACCAUCAUCACCAUCAUCACCAUCACACAGCCUCUAGUCUGUUUACAGGCUCGCUCCGCUGCACGGAGAAGACGUUUCUUGCGGUGGUGGACGGUGGAUCUGCAGCCCUGUAUACUAAACAGGAGAACGAGCUCUUCAUCAUGAACUGCGAUAUAGACGGAGACAUGGAGAACCAGGUGGAGAUGGAGGAGAAGACGAGGUUAAUAAAUCAAGUUUUGGAACUUCAGCACACACUAGAAGACCUCUCAGCGCGUGUUGACGCAGUCAAGGAAGAGAACCUGAAGUUAAAAUCUGAGAACCAAGUCCUUGGUCAGUACAUUGAGAACCUCAUGUCUGCCUCCAGCGUCUUCCAGACCACCGACACCAAGAGCAAACGGAAGUGAGGUACCCUCAAAAAAAAAUUAAAAAAAGAAUCCCAGGCCAGCAGCUGGGAGAGGAAACCCACCACUGAGACAUGGAGAGGGGUUUGUUUUCUCAGCAAACCUGGGCGUUUUCUGUAACCAUUACUGCUCACUUACCUGAGUCAAAACUAACUUUUUGAUUAUCAAAAACAUUAACUGACUUUGUCACGUGUCCCGCUGACUCAGAAAUAGAUA